AUGCAUCGCCUUUCUGAUAAGCUUGUUGAGUUGCGUUCUGCAACCGGCGAUGCUCAUCAUUCAGAAUCAGAGUCAGACUCAGAUCUCGAUAUGUUCUGCGAAAACAACAAUAUAAUACCCAACCUCUUUCAGGAUAAUAGUAACAAUGAUACUCUGAAGGAAGAACCCCAAACAAUAGGAGAAAACGACCAGAAUUCCAAUAAUUUGAAGUUUUAUCCAUAUUCCAAUAAUAGGAUGACAAGAAGUGUAGCAACAUUAAAUCUUUCAUUGAGUAACCAAAGACUAGCUGAUUUGAAUUUGAAUCUAAAUUUGAAUGCAUACUCUUCUCCUUCGAAGUCCUCGAACAUAUUCAAUAAUGGGAAACCGUCUACCCCUUUAAACAAGAGUCCUAACAAAUUAAAACUUUACCCCAUUCCAACUCCUUUCAACUUCAAAAAUGAGAAUGAACAUCGAGAACGUUCGAAUACUAGCAGUAAUAGUAAUAACAAUAAUAAUACCAUUAGUUAUAAUAUUGCAAAACCUGAUCCAAAUGCAUUUAACCCGAAAGGUCUAAUAUCUAAAACAUCAAAUCUUUCUGCCACAUAUCCGAAUAAGAUAAAAAUACCCAAUACACCAAUGAAAAAGUCUCCAAGAAUUGAUCAUACUUCUCUCAAUACAAACACCAACGAUAAUGACACAGAAUUUACAUCUAUAUUUAACGAAUCUUUCCCAAGUAACAAUAUUAACAACAAUACAGGGUUAUCUUUUGAUACAGAUGAAAAUUCGUUAUCGAAAAAUCUUAGAAAUAAUAUACUCCUACAAUCUCCAUCUUUGAAAAGAGUUCCAUUAAUACAAAUAUCAAAUAACCAUCAAUCUGCAAAGAAGGAUUAUCAUUCACAAUUAUUCGAUUAUCCACAAUUACAAUUCCAUUCAAGUAAUAAUGACAAUAAUAAUAAAUUUAAAAAGAUUAAAAAAUCAAGAAACUCAACAAUCUUAAACAACUCAGACUUAACCAAUACUUUGCAGCAAUUCACUGAUGAUCUUUAUGGGUCAACUGAUCUUAAUACCAAUAACAAUAAUACUUCAAAUCCAACGUCGCCGUCAUUCUUCCAGAAUAGCACAAAUAACAACGACAAUAACAAUAGUAAUGUUCAUUACGAUGAGGAUAAUGACCCCUACGAAUAUGAUGAUCUUAUUACUACACCAACGCGACGCAAAUCAAUUUCUAUCCUGAAACAAACACCGUCAUCUAUAAAGAGUAUACCACCUUUAAUAAAUUCACCAGUCUUGAAAAGAAGAUACAUUAAUGCAACGAUUUCAACAAAUCCGGAUUCUCAUCUUUUCGAAAAAUUUAACAAUGUUCAUAUGAUUGGUUCGGGUCAAUUCUCCUCUGUAUACCAGGUGACAUUUGCACCAACAAAUAAGAAAUACGCAGUUAAGGCCGUUAAGGCAAAUAAAUAUAACUCCCUCAAUAGAAUCUUGCAAGAGAUUAAAAUACUGGAUGAAAUUAGAACUUCUCAGCUGGAUCUGGAGGGGAAAGAAUACGUUAUUGAUUUUAUAAGUUCUUGGAAGUACCAAGGCUCAUUUUAUAUCAUGUCCGAAUAUUAUGAUAAUGGGAACCUGGAUUCGUUCUUACAGGAACAAAUUAUAUCAAAAAAUACAAGAUUAGAGGAUUGGAGAAUUUGGAAGAUCAUUGUGGAGCUAUCACUGGCGUUAAGAUUUAUUCAUCAAACUUGUCAUGUAGUCCAUUUAGAUUUAAAGCCUACUAACAUCUUAAUUACUUUUGAAGGUAAUUUAAAGUUAGCAGAUUUUGGAAUGGCUGCUCAUUUACCCUUAAGAGAUCAAGAUUUUGAAAAUGAAGGUGAUAGAGAAUACAUCGCACCAGAGAUUAUAUCAGAGUGCAUUUACGACUUUAAGGCGGAUAUCUUUUCUUUAGGACUGAUGAUUGUGGAAAUUGCCGCGAAUGUUGUUCUUCCCGAUAAUGGUAAUGCUUGGCAUAAAUUAAGAUCUGGUGAUCUAUCAGAUGCCGGGAAAUUAAGUUCGUCAAAUAUACAUUCAGAAUCAUUAUUUUCAUCCAACAAUAAAGUAGACACUAACCUAACCGAUAUUUCAUCAAUUGAUAAUAAUCAUAAUAAUGAUAGGAGUAUUUCUCAAAAAAGGGAUAUGCUUUGCAGUGGAAGCUCCAAGAUCCCUCCUUGGGUUCCUAAAUUCCUUAUCGAUGGAACAUCCUUGGAGAAAAUGGUUAAAUGGAUGAUACAACCAGAUUAUACGAGACGCCCAUCUGCUGACGAAAUUCUACAUACAGAAGAAUGUAUCUACGUUGAAAUGACAAGGAAGGCAGGCGCUGUAAUCCAAGAGGAUGAUUUCGGCCCCAAACCUAACUUCUUCGCUUAA